CGCACACUACGUCUCGUUUUUCCUGGUGUUGGCCGCUGAGAAGGGUGCGAAACUUUUUCUUUCAAAAUGUCUUGGGACGGAUGGUUGCCUUGCAUGCAGACUGAUGGAGCAAAUACGUGUUCUCACGAUUGUGGAAUAUUUGAUCCACAGGGAAACCCUUGGGCGAAAACAUCAAACUGUAACCCUGCACCUUCCAACUUUUCAGACUUUACUAAAUUAUUCAACUGUGGAAUGGACUGCGGAGUCACGAGUAUGACCAUCAACAACAAAAAGUAUUUCAUUAUCCGAGCUGAUAAAGAGGACAAAACUAUUGAAGGAAAGUGUGGGCCAGGGGGAUUCUGUGCUGCAAAGGGAGACACAUUUGUGGUAGUAGGCUUUUACAAUGAUGCAUCUGUACAACCAGGAAACAACAAAAAGCAAGUGGAGAAAUGCCGGGGAGACCUGGCCAAAGCCCUGGGGCAGUGAAGCCACCCCACCCAACACGACCAGUCUGAUCAUCUAGGCCUCUGUUCUAUAACAUUUCAGUGGACUUGUACAGUUAACUGUUCACCAACUAGUCGACAUCUUGCCAGAUAUUAAUUUCAGGGAAGGGCAGGCAACUUGUCAUGGGAAUAACUGGGAAGGACGGGGGGAAUCUUUGCACUGUGUCAAAGAGAAUUACGAUCAAUUCAGGCAUAGUUUGGUGUAAAUCAGCAUUGUUUUCUUUUUUGUUUAGGUGAAAAUUCACAAUUUUUUUGUUAUGUUCAAAUACAAUGUCCUCAAAAACAACCUCAUUUUGUGUAUUUUGUUUUCUUUUUUCACCACAAGUUCACUGUUUUGCCUAGUCAUAUAUUUCAGUUACUAGUAUUUGUAAACUUUUUGUACAAGUUUAAUUAUCAGUUCAUCUAACAGCAUUCCAGAUGAAAGUCCCAUUCCAGACUGAUAUCAGCUGCUGGAAUUGAGAUCUUCUAUUCUGUUAUCAUGUUAAAUUGAAUAUCCAAAUGUACUAAGAUUCUGAUUUGGAACCAUGAUUUGCAUGUUUAACCACUCAGAGAUUUUUCAAAGUUGGUAGAAUAGUCAUUCCACUAUUUUUUCUCUUGGACAAUAAAUAAUCCUGUCUUUGUAA